GGAAACCACUUGACGCUGCCAGACUGUCUGACGGCGACAAGUAGCCGCUGCGGUUGCCCCUUAAAUGUCCGUGCUCCGUACGGGAUCCUUUUAGUCGAUCGGAGAUCGCAGAUCGGUGAUCAGUAGCCCAGUAAUCCGGUAAUCCAGUGUCCAGUGAAGAAAAUGAGUCAGGAUCGGAGUAGCCAGCGAGAGCGACGUCUUCUGAGGACGCCCAAGUGCGCGAGGUGUCGCAACCACGGCGUGAUAUCCUGCGUCAAGGGACACAAGCGGCUGUGCCGGUGGCGGGAGUGCUGCUGCCCCAACUGCCAGCUAGUGGUGGACCGGCAGCGGGUAAUGGCCGCCCAGGUGGCCCUGCGCCGCCAGCAGACCAUGGAGGCACUGGAGGCCACCACGGGGGGCCAUCACACGGCGGGCACUGCGUCCGGCAGCGAGGGCGAAGACUCUAGCUCACACACUACUGCCUCUCCGCCGCCCCAAGGACCACCCAGCUGCUCCUCCUCCACGUCGUCGUCCUCCGCCACCCGACAGGCCCUCAUGGCCCAGAAAAGGAUCUACAAGCAGCGCCUUCGCAGCCUCCAGCAGUCCACACUCCACAUCACAGCUGCCAUGGAAGAGUACAAGCAGCGCUUUCCCACGUUCAGCUCCCCCCUGAUGGAGCGCAUGCGCAAGCGACGCGCCUUCGCCGAUCCGGAACUGAACUACGCCAUGGAGGCGACUCUGGGCGGCAACGCUUUGUUCGUGGCCGCCGCCGCUGCCGCCUCCGCUGCCGCUUCUGCUUCAGUGAUGCGCCAGGAUCAGCCCAUGUAUCCAUCAAUGCCGCCGCUCCAGCCGCCCGUGAACAGUUUCACGGCCACGCCCUCCAGCAUCAUCUCCUACUCCUCCUCCAGCUCCAGCCAGUCCUCGCUGCCCGCCAAGAAACCCAAGCUGAGCUUCUCCAUUGAGGCCAUCAUGAGCCUCAAGACGUAG